UGGCCGAAGAAAAAUAAUAGGAAAGCACCGUUGUUUGAAGUGAACUGUCGUCUGUUUUCUUCUCCCAAAUCCACCCAAAACCUCUCCCUCCCAUCUCUCCUUGCCUGGUCUGUUCGGCGAUCGGCGGCGGCCGCGGCGGCACCGGUGGCGAUGAGCGCGGUGAACCUCACGAACGUGGCUGUACUGGACAACCCGAUCUUUGUCAACCCCUUCCAGUUCGAGAUCUCAUACGAGUGCCUCGUUCCCCUUGAGGAUGAUCUGGAGUGGAAGCUUAUAUAUGUUGGAUCAGCUGAAGAUGAGAAUUAUGAUCAGCAACUUGAGAGCGUGCUUGUUGGCCCUGUGAAUGUUGGGACAUACUGUUUUGUUCUGCAGGCUGAUCCUCCUGAUCCAUCAAAGAUCCGUGAGGAAGACAUAAUUGGUGUUACUGUGCUGCUGUUGACUUGUUCAUACAUGGGGCAGGAGUUCAUUAGAGUAGGUUACUAUGUGAACAAUGAUUAUGAUGAUGAGCAGCUUAGAGAAGAGCCCCCAGCGAAGCUGCUGAUUGACCGGGUGCAGAGGAAUAUUUUGACUGACAAGCCUCGGGUCACCAAGUUCCCCAUCAAUUUCCAUCCUGAAACCAGUGCAGGUGCAGGACAGCAGCAGCAACCACAAUCAGCUUCACCUGAAAACCACGCGAACGAAGGGAACAAGCCCAACACAGAUCUAUAAUCCGUGUUGAAAACUUGGAAUGCCAAUUUUGUGAUCAGCUGCAAGCCUUCUAGGACAAAUUGCAGUAUCGGAUGGCUUCCUUGGAGUUUGCGUGAACCGUCUGUCCUGGUGAACCACUAAAUUAGAUUCCGUUAACCAAAACUGCACAUUUUCUAGUCAUAUGCCUGUAGGAGUAGCGGGUAAGUUCUAACACACUGCUGAAAUGUCGCAUCCUUUUGCUAGUGAUGAUGUUAAAGCUGCAUCUUCAUCCAAUGAUCCGGUCCAAUCCGAUUUGUCUUGGAUUAUGUCAGGCUGUCAGCAAACGCAAGAGUUCGAUAUAAUUUUAGUUCAAUAUAACUGAGCAGUUACAUAA